GAUGAAUGACAAUUCAGAUUUCAGAUUUGUAAGCAAGAAAAGUUUGAUCUCUCAAUUUCUGUUUCACUAAAACGUUAAAUCUGUACUUGUAGUGAGUGUUAAAUUACAAAAAUAAUAAUGGCCACGACACUUGAAGAUAAAUCAAUUUGGGAGGAUGGUGAAGAAGCGCUGAGCGAUGAAGUACUGCGUAUGCCGACAGACGAAAUAAUUGGACGUUCCAGGCUUUUGGACAAUGAAAUAAAGAUCAUGAAGAGCGAGGUGAUGAGAAUCACACACGAAUUGCAAGCACAGAAUGAUAAAAUCAAAGAAAACACUGAGAAGAUAAAAGUAAACAAAACCCUACCUUAUUUAGUUUCUAACGUUAUAGAACUCCUCGAUGUAGACCCUCAAGAGGAAGAAGAAGACGGUGCAGUCGUUGACUUAGACUCUCAGAGAAAAGGAAAAUGCGCAGUCAUCAAAACAUCUACCAGACAGACAUAUUUCUUACCAGUAAUUGGCUUAGUUGAUGCUGAAAAGCUUAAGCCUGGUGAUUUGGUUGGUGUAAACAAAGAUUCCUACUUGAUUUUGGAGACACUGCCGGCCGAGUACGACGCCAGGGUGAAGGCCAUGGAGGUAGAUGAAAGGCCAACAGAACAGUACUCUGAUAUUGGAGGUCUUGAUAAACAAAUCCAGGAACUUAUUGAGGCUGUAGUAUUGCCGAUGACACACAAGGAGAAGUUUGUCAACUUAGGCAUCCACCCGCCGAAAGGAGUGCUGCUGUAUGGCCCGCCAGGAACUGGCAAGACGCUGUUGGCUCGUGCCUGUGCCGCACAAACCAAGUCUACCUUCCUCAAACUUGCUGGCCCACAGCUUGUGCAGAUGUUUAUUGGUGAUGGAGCUAAGCUGGUCCGUGAUGCAUUUGCUCUUGCUAAAGAAAAAGCACCAGCCAUCAUCUUCAUUGAUGAACUAGAUGCCAUUGGUACAAAGCGGUUUGAUUCAGAAAAGGCUGGAGAUCGUGAAGUUCAACGAACCAUGUUGGAACUACUUAACCAACUUGAUGGUUUUAGCUCCACAGCGGAUAUUAAGGUUAUAGCUGCUACAAACAGAGUGGAUAUCCUAGAUCCUGCCCUGCUCAGAUCUGGUCGUCUGGACAGGAAGAUAGAAUUCCCACAUCCCAAUGAAGAGGCCAGAGCAAGAAUUAUGCAGAUUCAUUCACGCAAAAUGAAUGUGAGCCCAGAUGUGAACUUCGAGGAGCUGUCUCGCUCCACGGACGACUUCAACGGCGCGCAGUGCAAGGCGGUGUGCGUGGAGGCGGGUAUGAUCGCCCUGCGCCGCUCCGCCUCCGCCGUCACACACGAGGACUUCAUGGACGCUAUCCUCGAAGUGCAGGCAAAGAAGAAGGCCAAUCUCAGCUACUACGCCUAAACAUUCAUUCUUGUAUUUUAAGUUUAUGUAAUAAACAAAUAUGCUACAA